AACGAGCAUUGCGAACCGAAUUACUUCGAACCGCCGCCAUAUUGUCAUGUCAAUUUUGUAACGGGGGUGGGUUCCUUGUGCAUUUAUUUAUUUUUGUGAAAACUGCCAUAAAAUAGUUACUGUGAAUUGCGUGUGGCUUACCAAGCUAAGGCGCGGGUGCUUCAUCGCAUCCUCUGAAACAUGAGCUAUCAGAUUCCUUCUUCACAAAGCCGAACAAUGUCGCAUAGCAACUAUGGCGGGUCUGAUGUUCCAAUGGCGCCAAGUAAGGAGCAACAGACCCUCAUGUGGCAGCAGAACUCAUACUUGGUUGAUUCUGGCAUCAACUCCGGAGCUGCUACUCAGGUGCCAUCACUUACUGGCAAGGAAGAUGACGAGAUGGAAGGAGAUCAGCUGAUGUUUGAUCUGGACCAAGGGUUUGCCCAGGGGUUCUCUCAGGAGCAAGUAGAUGACAUGAACCAGCAGUUGUCACAGACGCGGUCGCAGCGUGUCCGCGCGGCCAUGUUCCCAGAGACCCUGGAGGAGGGUAUUGAGAUCCCGUCCACUCAGCUGGACCCCGCUCAGCCGACUGCCGUUCAGCGGCUCGCUGAACCGUCGCAGAUGUUGAAGCAUGCUGUCGUCAAUUUGAUCAACUAUCAAGAUGAUGCUGAUUUGGCUACCAGGGCUAUCCCAGAAUUGAUCAAGUUACUCAAUGAUGAAGAUCAGGUAGUUGUGUCCCAAGCUGCCAUGAUGGUCCACCAGCUCUCCAAGAAGGAGGCUUCGCGCCAUGCCAUCAUGAACUCCCCUCAGAUGGUCGCCGCCUUAGUCCGCGCGAUUUCUAACAGCAAUGACCUUGAAACUACUAAAGGAGCAGUUGGAACCUUGCAUAACUUGUCCCACCAUCGCCAAGGUUUGCUUGCUAUCUUCAAGAGUGGCGGUAUCCCGGCCUUGGUGAAGCUUCUGAGUUCACCAGUGGAGUCGGUGCUGUUCUACGCCAUCACCACUCUUCACAACCUUCUGUUACACCAAGAUGGGUCCAAAAUGGCGGUCCGUCUUGCUGGAGGCUUGCAGAAAAUGGUAGCUCUGCUUCAGAGGAACAAUGUGAAGUUCCUAGCUAUUGUUACUGAUUGCCUGCAGAUUUUGGCGUAUGGUAACCAGGAAUCGAAACUGAUUAUCCUGGCAUCUCAGGGACCCAUCGAGCUGGUCCGCAUCAUGCGCUCCUACGAUUACGAGAAGUUGCUAUGGACCACCUCUAGGGUUUUGAAAGUACUGUCCGUGUGCUCGAGCAACAAGCCCGCGAUCGUGGAAGCCGGCGGCAUGCAGGCUCUGGCCAUGCACCUCGGCAACCCGAGUGGACGUCUCGUGCAGAACUGCCUCUGGACGUUGAGGAAUCUUUCUGAUGCUGCUACUAAGGUGGAAGGACUGGAGGGACUGCUCCAGAGCUUGGUGCAGGUACUCGCCUCCACUGACGUAAACAUCGUCACCUGUGCCGCUGGAAUACUCUCCAACUUGACUUGCAACAACCAACGCAACAAGGUGGUGGUGUGCCAGGCCGGCGGCGUGGACGCGCUCGUGCGCACCGUGGUGUCGGCCGGCGACCGCGAGGAGAUCACCGAGCCCGCCGUGUGCGCGCUGCGCCACCUCACCUCGCGCCACGUCGAGAGCGAGAUGGCGCAGAACGCCGUGCGGCUGCACUACGGGCUGCCGGUGAUAGUGAAGCUGCUGCAGCCACCAUCGCGCUGGCCGCUGGUGAAGGCGGUGGUGGGGCUGGUGCGCAACCUGGCGCUGUGUCCCGCCAACUACGCGCCGCUGCGGGAACACGGCGCCGUGCACCACCUCGUGCGCCUGCUCAUGCGCGCAUUCAACGACACACAGCGACAACGCACGUCGUCUGCGGGCGGCGUGGGCGCGGUGGGGUCGGGCGGCGCGGGCGGCGCGGGCGGCGCGUACGCGGACGGCGUGCGCAUGGAGGAGAUCGUGGAGGGCGCCGUGGGCGCGCUGCACAUCCUCGCGCGCGAGACGCACAACCGGCAGCUCAUACGGCAGCAGAACGUCAUACCCAUCUUCGUGCAGCUGCUCUUCAACGAGAUUGAGAAUAUACAGCGUGUGGCUGCCGGUGUGCUGUGUGAGCUGGCGGUUGAGAAGGAAGGCGCCGAAAUGAUAGAGGCUGAAGGAGCCACUGCUCCACUCACUGAACUGUUGCAUUCGAGGAAUGAAGGGGUAGCAACAUACGCAGCGGCGGUGUUAUUCCGCAUGUCCGAGGAUAAGCCGCAAGACUACAAGAAGAGGCUGUCCAUGGAGCUGACCAACUCGCUGUUCCGCGACGACCAUCAGAUGUGGUCCAACGAUCUCGCCAUUCAAUCCGAUAUACAGGAUAUGCUCGGCCCAGAGCAGGGAUAUGAGGGGCUAUACGGCACACGACCGUCGUUUCACCAGCAAGGCUAUGACCAAAUACCGAUAGACUCGAUGCAAGGCUUGGAGAUUGGGUCCGGGUUCGGCAUGGACAUGGACAUCGGCGACGCGGACGGCGCCGGCGCAGCAUCCGCAGACCUCGCUUUCCCCGAACCGCCGCACGACAACAACAACGUCGCCGCCUGGUACGACACCGACCUGUAGGCACCACUUACCAUUCACCAACUACCAGCCACCAGCUACCACCACGAACCAGCGCGCCGCGGUAACUAACGAUUGACUUCAGUAAACGAUCGCUAAUUUCGGAUUGAACGCUAAAAUGGACCAAUCAGAAUGAAGUUUGCUUGCGGACUUAUUUGAUUGGUUGAUUCUUACUUAUCCGAAGUUAGCAAUUGUUGUCGUUAGUUAAAAUCUUCCGUAAAUGAUCUCAGUGCAAUGGAACACAGCAACUGUCUGAUUGGAGUGAAUAAAGAUCGCCUUAUUUUCUCCCGAAUAAGUCAUCCGUGCGCCCUCUUGUGGAAGUUGGUUUUAAGUCUCCGUUUAGUUUGGUUGGCUUUGUUCACGUAAAAGUAGGUACGAAUAAUCGCAGCUGCGGAUUCCACUAAUAGAAGACUAAUGUGUCACGUUAUUUUAUUCUUUUUGUGAACACACAUUGGAAUCAUUAUUGUAUGCAGCUUGUAUAACUUAAUAUUUUUUAUAUUUUGUAUAGUGGUCCUUGGUAGUGAUGGCCAGCAUCUUGUUUGUCGUUCUAUCUUGUAGUGAUGACUCGCAAGACGUGUAGUUAUUGUACUACACCUCCAGUGUAGUCAUUUUGAGUGGUGGCGACGUAAGCCUAACUAAAUUGUACUAUUUAAAAAUUAAGUUUGGGCUUCAAUUGGCUUAAUGUUUCCGUUCUACGCUAAGCACAGUCUUAAUUUAGUACGGAGACGGAUAACAAAGUGAAUUGUAUGUUACAAAAAUCAUGGCAUUGUGAACAACACAAACGGGUACAAAUAUGGCAAAGUAUUAUCCAUUUUGAUAGAUUUAUUGGCAUGAGACACCCACAAUGUUCUCAUUCACCUGUGAUAAACAAAAGCAGCUUGGAAACGUAAUUCGCAUAUAAUAUGUGAUGUUACCAUAAAAGGGAUUUUUGUGAGGAUAUAUUGCAAAAUUUGGUGCUACAACGAACCGCAUGUAAUAAGGGCAUUAGCUUCUUGCCUUGACCAUGUAUCGAUGGUUGCACGCCUCAUUUGAAGUUCCAAAUUUGUUAGAAAGGUUUUGUAACGUGUCGAAGCUCUGCAUUGAGUAUAUCGUGUUUACUCGCGUGUAGAACGCGUGUAAUCGGAGUAUAGGGUACCUAUGUUAAAUAAGAUUUUUUUAUAGGCUUUAAAAUUCGUAUAUCGUAGUUUCUAUGUAAUUGAAAUUAACCUUCGUACGCGUUUGAAGUCGUUUUAUAGUUUAAGUUACAAAUGGAAAUUACGUCGCAUUUUUUUUUUGUUACAUUUAAUCAUUAUUUAAAUAAUGGAUAAGACUGUUUGGUCGAGUGAGGAAUGUAUUUAAAGGUUAUUUUUAAUGUUUGACUGCCAUUUUAUCUUAUCGGAACCUCAGUGCGAGGUAGAGGAAAUUUUUAAAUUAGCCAUCGGAGUGUCCUUGUUUAUUUUAGGUAUGUAUAAGUUUAUUUGUUACUGAGAGCGUGAUUUCAAUUCUGGCGUAGUGUUAGCUGACUUAAGAAUAUAUGUAAUUAACAGUAUGUAAUCUGUCUGAACUUAAUUUCCAGUUGAUGUAUAACCAUUUUAGUAUGAAAUAGUGAUUGUAUUAACUGAAUUUUGUAACGUUUUUAUCAGAUAAGCGAUAAUGUUUUAUGUUAAUUCAAUAUUCAUGUGUAGUGAAUGCACUUAUCUACAUAGCAGAAUGCAUCUUCUAGAAAAAUAAUGUAAUCGUUUAGUGUUAGGAUUUAUAAUAAUUUUACGUAAAUUGUCCUCUAGGAACUUCGUAUAUAUUUUUUUCAAUUUGAUAUUUCAAUCUACUUUACCAAUGUUUUUGUAUUGAUUCGAUAUUGAGGACAUUGCUGAGGUACGACUUUUGUGUCCAUUCGUGUAUGGAUAAUAAAGUAAAUUUAAAUAA